AUGUCGACUGGUCAUUCGGACCAUGCCUAUGACCCACACAAAUCCCCAGACUCUACUCCGCAAUCCGCUCCGAUGAGCAAGACCGCAUCGCCGGGAUCGUCGCCUAUCGGCGGCGCUACAAUUGAGUCAAAUAAUACCGCCGCCAUGAGCAAAUCACAGAGCGGCGACAACAAGAUUCAAAAGCGUAGCUUGGAUUAUGUGAUGAGGAGUGGAAUUGCAGGAGGACUGGCGGGGUGUGCGGCCAAGACCGUUGUAGCGCCUCUAGACCGCGUGAAAAUCCUCUUCCAGGCGUCAAAUCCUCAAUUCGCCAAGUACACGGGCAGCUGGACUGGCCUGGCAGCAGCGAUUCGAGAUAUCAAGCGCACGGAAGGUGUUAAGGGCCUGUACAAGGGCCAUUCAGUGACUCUGCUUCGAAUUUUCCCAUACGCUGCUAUAAAGUUCCUUGCAUACGAGCAGAUCCGUGCAGUUAUAAUUCCUUCCAGCGAGUACGAGACCCCGUUCCGCCGCUUGGUCUCCGGCAGUUUAGCAGGUGUCACCUCUGUAUGCUUCACAUACCCACUAGAGUUGAUGCGCGUGCGAAUGGCGUUCGAAACUAGACAAUCGCACCGCUCAGGAUUGGUGGACAUAUGGCGGCAAAUCUACCAUGAGCGUGUCCAACCCCCACCAACAACCCGCUCUGCGGCAGCUGCGCAGUCUUCUUCCGUUGCUGUUGCCGAAACCGCUUCAUCUGCGGUUUCGAAAGUAGUCCCGCGCACCGGUAUUGCCAAUUUCUACCGUGGCUUCUCCCCGACUAUCCUCGGGAUGCUCCCUUACGCCGGAAUGUCUUUCCUCACCCAUGACACAGUGGGUGACUUGUUCCGCAACCCAAGUGUGGCGCCCUAUACCCUCAGAAAAGCAACUGAGUCAGAAAACCCCGCGCAUCGACCCAAACGACCGCAGCUCAAUACCACAUCCGAGCUUCUGUCCGGUGCUAUGGCCGGUCUAGUUUCGCAGACUUCAUCAUACCCAGUGGAGGUCCUCCGUCGGCGGAUGCAAGUUGGUGGUGCAGUUGGUGACGGACGCCGACUUGGAAUUGCAGAAACGGCUCGUAAGAUUUGGCUUGAGAGAGGGUUUAGAGGAUUCUGGGUCGGAUUGACCAUCGGAUACGUCAAAGUUGUGCCCAUGGUUGCAGUAAGCUUCUACGUUUAUGAGCGAGCAAAGGCGUCAUUGGGGAUCAAUUAG